CUUCCCUCUCGCACCUCUUCCGAGUUCCCUAUAAUUUCUAUUAAUAUUGCACUGGACCCCGAGACUCCCAAGAUAGGAGGGCAUAUCACCUUCAUCCCAAGAGGAGACACCAACACCCUCAGCACCUGCAGCUGGUUUAGAGGGGGCGAUGACCACGCUAAGCCGAUCGUGACCUAUAGCCCACCCCCUCUGUCUAAGCUGACCUUCAAAGAUGGCUCCACAGGACGAGAAUUUCUUAACUCGGAUUGUUCCCUGCAUAUCAAAAAUCUGACCGCUGAGGAUGCGGGCUUUUACAAAGGAGUGAUGGAGGAGGACAAAGAGAAGAAAGUGGGGAAAGUGUAUUUGAAUAUUCAGGGACGAACUACCGGGAAAGCAAAACAGCUUUCUGCAGGAGGCAUCAUAGGAAUUGCAGUGUCUUCAUUUUUCGUGGUCUCAAUGUUUGUAGUCCUGACUGCUUAUCGGAUGAUCAGUUCUUCUCGAAGUAGUAUUUCUCAACCUGUCCCAGCCACCAGCGUGAUGGCUGUAGCAUCAGCUCCAGCUGCAGCCCCGGCACCAGCCCCAGUACCAGCACCAACACAAGCAGCAAAGAAAACAACGGCCCCCAAGCGUAAGGCAGGACGUGGAGGUACCGCACAGCGAGGGAAGAAAGUUGCAGGCAGAGGUGGCGCAAGAACUGCCCCCAGGAGAGGACGGUAAAAAGAAGAGAUCGCAUCCAGACCUUCAGCCUUCAAGAACAAAAAUGGAUCCCUUUUGGUCAAUAAGGAAAAAAAAAAACACCUCUUUCGACUUGCAAAUCUUUAUCUAUCCCUUCCUGUGGCCAAACUGACAGCAGAUUCUCACAGCUCUCCUGAUCCCACUAGGAUCUGGGGAGGG